UCUGAUCUUCAAACGUAAACGCGUGUGAAAAAUAGUCUACGGUUUAGUCUUGCAACGUGUUUGCUGAAUUUCGUCUUUUCUGUAAAAACUAUAAAAUAAAAUAUAUAAAAAUGUCGGAUAUAAAUAUGACGGAAAGUGAAGAUGAUCCGGUGGUUAAGGAGAUUCCAGUAUUUUUAUCCAAAACUCUUGAGAAUAAAUUAUUUAUUUUCCAAUAUCCUAUUCGACCUGCUCGAGAUGGAUACGACAAUGCAACAUUUUUGAAAACUUCAAUAAAACCGGAAAAUCAAGAGGUCAGAAUUGAAGUAGCUGUUGAUACAUUCAGUCUUAACUAUGAUAAAAUGAAAGGAAGACAAAUUGCCAUUAAUGCAGAUGGUAAUUCUAAAACUGAACAAGAAGAUGAUGAAAAAGUAUUUGAUAGCGAUCUAAUGGAUAAAACAGUCUUGCAUUCUUCUCGUGCAUUACCAGAAUGUACGAAUUAUGCAGCUGCAGUUUAUCAAGACGGUGAAUUACAUAUCACUCCACUAAAAGGUAUCAUACAAUUAAGGCCACAAUUUAAUUAUCUUGAUAAAAGCGAUAAACGUGCUAGAGAGGAAGCUAAAACUAUAGGUGAAGAUGUUGAGGAAGAAGAUGAAGGACCUAAACAAGUGAAUGUGACUUUUGAUAGACAAACACCAGAUUUCCUUAAAAAAAUGCAAGAACAAUCUUUUCAACAUUUUUCCAAAAAAAGUUCAGAAGAAAAGUGGAUACAUACGAACUAUGCUCCAGUCAAUAGUACACAAGCUGAACUGACACGUUUGGAAAUGUUUUGUUCAUCUACUGAAGAAAGUAUAAAUGCAUUAAAUUUAACAAAUAAACAGUAUUUAGAAUUGUUAGCACCACCUAUUAGUCAAGAACAGUAUUCAAAGAGUGAAACUCUAAGUCAUACCACAUCCCUUAAUUAUAUUAGGACAUUACCACUUCUUGAUCAAGUCAGGAUUCUUAUGAAAGAUGCAAAGGUGAUAUCCUUUACUCAGCUACGAUUAAUUUUAUCAUCAGAGCACGAUACUGCAGCCGUAUUGAAAUAUUUGCAGCAAGUAGCAGUUUUAGUGCAAGGGAACUGGGUUGUAAAUAGUGAACUUAUUUAUAUUAAAGAUAGCGUAUCGUCUCAAAAUGGUAUACCAGCAGAACUCAUGUGCAGAGCUAGAGAUUAUAUCUUAUUAUCAUUUACUGAACAACAAUUCCUUGAUCGGAGAGCCAUAUCUACCGUUAUCAAACUUCCUUCGGAGGAAAUAAAAGAGAUAUUUACAAAUUUAGCAAUACAUAUACCAAAAAAAGGAUGGCAAUUAAUCGUACCACCAAAUAAAGAUUUUGCCGAAAAGUAUCCGGAAAUAGCGCAAAGACAAGAGAUGUUUUGGGAGGCCAAACGAAAAUAUUUACGCGAGACGUUAGAACCACAAAAUCAAGUACCACAACGUCAAAGGAGAAGAUCGAAUAGAGAAUCUAUUGGUUCUGAGAACGAAGAAAGAAAUGUAGGUCGAGGUAAAAAAUUGAGGGAUUCAUCGAUUUCGGACGAUAGUGCAUCAGAAACGGUUAAACAUAAGAAAACGAGUCGAUCUAGAAAAGUUUCUGAAACAACAUGACCAAAAGCAUCGAAUGAUUAGGACAUAUAUAAAUCUAUAAUAGCGUUUAUAGGCACUGUUAUUAUAUCCAAAAUAAUGAAUUAUCUCAUCUGUACAAUUAUAGUGAAGUGUUUGUUUAAUACACUGCCGUAAAAUAACCGUC